GGAUUUGUUUAUGCAGAGGCUCGAGAACACCUAACAGAAGAAGCAAAAUAUAAAUUAUCUCAUAUCAUUAUGAAAAAGUAAAUGAUUGCUAUUUUGGAGUAAAAGCAUCUGUUUUGUAAGGGGUUGUAACAGGAUGCAUUUUGAUUGGUAUAAGCCAUGGCAACAGCUACUAGUCAUCGAGAUGCAAAUGAGUUUGUAAAAUGUGUUGUGGUUGGUGACCCUGGUGUGGGAAAGACUUGUUUGGUGUGUGCUCGAGCCUGUGACACCAAGUACACUCUACAGCAGCUGGUGAAGACUCAUGUAGCCACUGUCUGGGCCAUUGAUCACUACAGGAAUGACAGGGAGGUUUUGGAGAGAUCAUGGCGUGAAGUGGAUGGUGUCCCAAUCUCCCUCAGACUAUGGGAUACAUUUGGCUAUCAUGACAAGGACAGAGGGUUUGCCUACAACAGGGCAGACGUGGUGCUGCUCUGUUUUAGUACAGUCUCCCCCAACUCCCUGAGGAAUGUGAGGCGGGUCUGGUAUCCAGAGAUAAAACAGGCCAUCCCCUCCACACCCAUUGUGCUAGUGGGUACCCAGGUAGAUUUGCGCUACAUGUACAAAGAUGAGGAGUACCUCAAGAUGAACAAAGGCCUGCUCUACAGAGACAUAACAGAAAAUGACAUAAUAUCUCCAGAGCAAGGUCGUGAGGUAGCCAAGGAGAUUGGAGCACCUUAUUAUGAAACAAGUGUCCUCACGCACUAUGGGGUUAAUGAUGUUUUUGACAACGUAGUACGAGCUUCAGUCUGCGACCGUAGGAAGGUGCGCUUUUGGAACACAGAUUUACGCAAGCUGCGACACCCUCUAAUGCAGCGCCCCAUGGAAUUCCCCAAACCCAAGCCACCAAAGGUUGUGGUGCCAUUUGCCACAUUCCAGGAUGACCUCAGUCGUUUGCUGUUCCACCAGUCUGACUGUGAUGUUAUUUUCAGUGUGCAGGGCAACUGCUUCCAAGCUCACAAGAUUGUCCUUAUGGUGGCCGCUGAUGUGUUCUAUGAGCUAUUCACCAUGGAUUUGUCAGAUGUAGUUAUCUCCCCUGCUUCCACCGCUUCUGGGGCUAUCUCGGUGAAAACCUCAGCCACAGACUUAAGCGAAGAGCUCUUGUUUGAGGAUGGGGAUGACCGUCAAAAGCUUUUGCUUGGUGAUGAGAUGGGACAUGCCUUAGAGAGUUAUCUUCCCCAGCUCACAGGUUUGUCAGGGGAGGGAGACACAGGGGAUGGUGGAGACGCUAUGGACACUCAGCCUCCUCUGCCAUACAAGGAGGUGAACCUGCCAGCCUUCCACUCGGUACAUCUACAAAGAUGUGAUGACCCAUACCACCCAGGCCAGUUCCUGCUGCAGACUGUGGUCACGCUGAAUUCCGACAUCUCACCACGUGUGUUUGAGUUCAUCCUGCAGUAUCUGUACACAGGGAAAGCCCGGGAGGACUACGAUCUGUUUGAGGAAGUCAAGCGAGCUGCAGAACUGAUGGGACUGACCAACCUGCUCGUCAUGAUCUCCAGUUUCCAGACUAAUGAGGCCUAUCUGAAUGCUGAGGCAGAGAACCAGUUCCACCGUGUACGCUGCAGUAAGCUCCGAGAACUGGCCUUGGAGAAGAAGUUACUGACAGAUAUCACAUUUGAAGUUGAUGAUGGAACUGUAUCAGCACACAAACCUUUGUUAAUGGCCCGAUGUGACAUGAUGUUUGCUAUGUUUAGUAGUGAUUUCUUAGAGGCUUCAGCAAAACUGAUCCCAUUUCCUGGGAUCAGUAAGGACACAUUUCGAGCCCUGCAGGAGUACUUGUAUACCGACGAGCGGCCAGCCAUGACAGGUGUGGACUGUAUGGAUCUGAUCGAGGUGGCCAACCGUCUGUGUCUCAACCGCCUCAUCAAGCUGACUGAGGAGUAUGUGGUUCGUGAGCUCAACAAGGCAGACGAGGCUGGUGAGGACAUCAUGGAGGAUGUCAUCAAUAUGCUAGAGCCUGCUCAGUUUUUGAAUGCAGACCAGCUGGCAAGCUAUUGCCUGUUUUAUUUGGGAACACAUUUCAAAGAAUUAACAAAAAACUACACCAAGCUAUGGAAGGGGCUGAAGCUGGAGAACCAGAUUUACAUUGACAAGCACAGAUACCCCCCUCAGUGGUAUUAUAAGGAAGUGGAAAUGUUUGAGCGAGCACGCCAGGUAUCUGUAAAACGCCAGCCCAGACAAAAUUUUAAGCGACAACGGUCAAGCAGUGGCUGCCUUUGUUUCACUCGCCGAAGUCGGGUAAAAAUCCAGCGCUCAAUGAGUGAUGACCAGACCUGAGGUUGGAAGUAUGGAACAGAACUUUCUUUGUGACGCAAAUCCUGUCUGACCCCUGAAGAGAUGUGAAGGACAUGACUGAGUGAACUGCAGGGGUAUGUACACAUACUUGUUUCGUGUGUGUAUCAUUGAGUAAAGCAAUGUCAAGCAAGCUAGCCCAGCUCCACCAAGGGAGACCACCCAGCUGUCUCUAGUGUGAGGCUGCUUUUCCCCAGUCUAAUAAUGGUUUUGGGUGUUAAGAAGUUCCACCAAUAUGAGCUGUUAUCUCCAAGUGGCUCAUAAUGAACUUCAAUCAGUACACAUAUAUACAUAUACAAACUCGAUUUAUUUAAAGUCUCAUUGUAGUAUUUAUCUUAUUAUAAAGAACUUUAUGUUGCUAUUUAUUGGAACAUUUUGCAACACUAUAAUCUUUUGUAUCAAAUGUGUUUGCAUACAUAAUUUAAAAUUCAAGAUAUGAUUAAUUAUUUUUUGAUUUUGUCUCAGAUGUAUACUUUUCUUUAUGGAUAUGUCUACAGUUUAAUUUCCCAAGAUUUGAAUCAAACAUUGGUAAGAGUGUAAACAAAAAUACGUUGGAGCUUGUACCAUGUGGGGUGUCUAGUCCAGUGAUAAACAAAUAGAGUUUACAUGACAAAUAAACAGCAUAGCCACAAAGUAUGUGAUUAUGUGGAUACAGCUUGCAUCGUUAAGAAAUUUGGUUUAAGUAGCGUUAUUGCUCUUUGGUAAAGAAUCUACCAAUGUGGAUGAAGGCUAAAUAUUUCCACAACCAAAUAUGCUCAUGAAAGAUUAUUUUGAAAUGUGAAAUGGAUUUUUGUGAUUUUUGACACCACCUAGAAGUGCAUGUAGCAUUCAUAUUUGAAGACAUGAUACAUUAUAAACCUGUUCAUGGGUAAGGGAGCAAACAGUUGUUCAUGCCUCCUUUGGUAUAGUUUUGGGCUUGAGUUUUUGUUUUACUUUUAUCAAAGGAAUGCAUCUUCUGAUUUUGAUUGUCUUGGAAGAUGAAAACUUCUUAUCCUUUGAUGGAAAAGCAUUAAUUGAGAGAUGGAGAUGAAACAAAACAGCUUACAGCAUUAAUCAGCAGUAAAAUAAUACUGGAAUUUUUUUCAGCAGAAGUACACCGUUUUGUGACAAAAUAUUUGUACCGCCUUUGCUUUUUUAAUAUUGAUUUUUGAAAACUGUGAGGGAGAUAUGUAAAUGCACUCAAUAUAUUGUUUCGUACAGUUCAGCAGUUUAUUAUUCUUUCAUGUAAAAAAUCUAAGAAAUGGCUGUUGGGUGAAAUUUAAGUGUAGCAAGUUUUGUUAUGACCUACAUGAUGUAAUGCUUGUUUUAAAAGGUUUGAUUUGCAGAAAACACCUGAAAACAUAGUGAUAUGUUUAAAAUUAACAAAUUUAGUUUACAAAACUUGUCAUAUGUUGAGUGACAUCUCCAAAAUUAAGGGUACUAAAUUUGGUUGCUGUCAGAAUUAGCCCAGAAUACAGCAUGGACACCUAUCAGAAAUAUGCGUUUCAUAUGUUAUUCUCAAUACUACAGUAUUAUUACUUACUAUUGCACAUGUACUUUAACUAUUAUAUGGCAAGCAAAAUAUUUAACCACAGGGUAACAUGAUUGAAGUUGUACGAAAUUGCAGAAAGGCUAGAUCUGCCUUGUCAGCUAAAUGUAAUGUAAAGGUCUAUAUUCCAUACGUUUGGAUUACAAUUUUACCCAUGAAAUUCCUUUGGAUAUUGCCUUCAUGAGAAUUCUAGAGUUGAUCAGUCCUCAGAAUUUCCUGUCAAACUAAGCCAUACAAUUGCUGUAAUUAGAUUGUGUUAUUAAAAUACAAGUUAUUUAUGUAUAGUCGUCAGUAUAAAAACUUAAAAUUGUAACACCAGUGACCAGACUAUAGAAGCUGUCAGUGCUCUUGGAUUCUGUAUUUUUGCACUCAUUGCAGUUGCUGUAGAUGCACUGUUACUACAAUUUAUAUAAGCUUAACAUUUGUUUUUAGUGAUAUAGUGAGAUACUUGGAUGCUGUACAAUGUUAUUGUUUUUGGAAUUGGCAUUGUGAUGGGAUUUGUCCACUCCAAAAACAAAUUGUCUAAAGAGGAUACGAAAAAAAAAAAAAAAAAAGAAUUAAUGACAUUAAUAAGAAUAGAUGGCAACCGUACAUAUGUGUAUAUGUCUUAUAGCUUUGUUGUCCAUGGAAAUAUACAUGUAUCUUGUGUGAUAAUGUUUAAUGUGACUAUGAGAAGACUGUUUUGUACCAACACAUGUAAUUAGAUAUAGAAACCAGUUCUGCCACAAGAGUUUGUGGAAGGGGAUUUUGUACUUUUACUUUUGAUGUUCAGCACUAAGUAUUGAGCUCAAAACCUAUCCAAAGACAUUGAUGAUUUUCUAACUCCGACCUACUGUUCCAUCCAAGAUGUGCCUACGCUUGCCUUAUUCUGGUCAUCAUUUCUGUUUCUCUUUCCAAACUAACAGUAUUGUUCCUAUGCUUUGUCUCAAGAACUACAUGUACCGUACUUUAUGUACAUUGUUUGGACAUUCAUGCUGACUGUUUUGAUGACAAAGCAAGUUUACCAAUUCUUUAAUAUAUUAACAUUAUAGCACGUUAUGGACAUAGUAAAGCAUUGAUUUACAUAUGAUACUACUCUGAUAAUACUACUGAGAUUGAAUGAUUGUAGCUAAUGUACAGAAGUGAGUUUUUAUGAGCAGUAUUCCUGUGAUAAUGUAACCUGCACUACUGCUGUAUCACAGGGGCCCUUUUGCCAGGAUAUGUUGCCUACACCUCUCCCUCAUAACACGUUUCAUUACAACGCACAAUUCAGUAUAACACAGUCUUGAAUGUGUCUGCAGCAUGUUAUUCUCUUGCACUUAUCCGUAGCUUAAAUAUGCCGUCAAAAGCUUUGGUGAAGGUUUGGUAUCUUUUUUGCACUGAGAGUCUUGGUUGUUACAUAAUUAUACCAUAUAAUAUAGAAGCCAUAUUAUUUAACCUCCAGGUAUGUUCCCUUUUCAUAUAUAUUCAGCCUACAUGUACAAGUUGUUUGUGACUAAAGAACACCAUGUAACAAGAACCACUAAUAAAAUGAUAGGCCAAUUUGUCCACCGACAGUAGAGCUGUAAUGAGGGAGAGGUGUACUAAGUCUCUGUUUCAGCAUGGAUAAUCUCCUAAGGCAAAUCAACUAAUCUGCUUGAUAAUGUCGAUAUGCACCAGGUGACAUGUGAUAAAUGAUAUUAUAUACAUCUCUGACUUCAGUUGCAAUGUUUACCUUUAUUUAUGUAUCAAUUCACUCAUAUCAGCUAUUAAUACAGUAUGUUAUACUAGUCAUUUCUGUGAAAUCGAACGGAAAUUCUAUGUUCGCAUGUUUUUGUUUUCCGCAGUAUUUACUACCAUUAAAACUGACGAUUUGUAGGUUUACUUGUCAGCCUAUUCCUGCAAUGAUAAAUAUAUGUACAGGUAAUGACAAUCUAACGUAGGUAGUAACUGUGGCUCAGUAUAGCCAUCAGUACAUGUUAAGGUGGUUAGUUACUGAACAAUACUUUGGUAAUGGCUGGAUGUUCACUAUCUGCAUUGUGAACUGUGUCCACAUGAUUAUUUUUAGGGUGAUAUGUAUGGUUAUGUGCCUGUAAUCCUUGUUGAUUUAUUAACGAUAUUUAGGGUAACAGUUUUUUUUUUUAACCUUGGUUAAUGUGUAAUAUGUUUUAUUGGUAGUAGGUGUGCUGGAUUGUGUGUAUGUUUAAAGAACUCCUGAAAGUAUACAUAAAAAUGUCAUUGUUCUGCCUUGUUUACGGUGAGUGUAUCAAUUCCCAAAUAAUUAAGAAGAAUUGGAAGAAACCUUUUGACUACUAACAAAAAAAUUUACAGUAGUGUAGUCUGAUUAUUGCACUUAAAGGGCACAUUUUGUUCAUGUGAGAUUUGAUUGGGUGCUCAGGUAAGUCUUUAGCACCUGAUUCAUGUUGAGGCUAAUGUAAAAUAGCUGGUCAAUCCGAUUUGAAACACUUUUUGAUUUUUAAAAUGCAGAAUUUGAAACACUUACAAAGUAAAAUAAAGGAUUUUUAAUGACCACUGAUUUUUUCGGCUUUCUUCAGUUUGGUUAUGAAAGUCUGAAAACAUCUUUGAUCCAGUCAAGUUUCUGAUAUGCUCAUGAAAAUUGUACAUGAGAGAUUAAGGGUUUACUGCUAGGCAUUUACUGAUCAUAUAAUGUCAUUUGGCUCUUGACAUCAACUACAUGUACAGCUCUGCAAUGAUUAUAUUAUAACUUGAAGUACUACAUUUUUUAGCUCUGAGGCUAUCAGAGCCAUUGAGCAUUCAAAAUAUUUUGAAAAGGAGUAAAAAAUGAUUAUGAAAUGCAAAGAAAUCUGGCCAAAUUAUUUCAUGUGCAAACCAUCAAAGAUGCAUGUAUAUGUUCUGUAUUUUGUAUAGUCAUCUUGAUGUCUGGUGUCUGACAUUAUUCACAUACAUGUAUCUACAUCCAGCCUAUAAGAUUGUAGACAGUUUUAUGGCUGCCCUCAUAAUAUGUCUUUAGUUUAUAUAGGGCUUGCAGCCAGUUUCAUAGAAUGUGAUCUGCUGGGAUGUUUUGUCAAGUGUCAUUUGUCAAGUUUGGCUGCUGGUUCACUGCCUGGUAUUAACAUCUAUACAUGUUUAAAAUUCAUGAAGUAAAAUAUUUUGUGUGUUGUCAUGAUAUAUACAUGUACAUGUAGGCCUAGUAUGCGCUGUCAGUAUACAACUCACAACUUCUCAAUCAGAUGGUGAGAUGACACCACUUUACAUGUUGG